AUGAUAUCAGCUCAUACUUGGGUACUUCUCAUCAAUGACAAUAAUUUAAAACAAUUAGAUGAUCAACUGCAGUGCUUAGCACCUCAAGUGGGAUUGGACGAGGAGGUCAAAAGGCGCUUCAGAGAGGAUUUGGACGAGGUUGUGCGUGGUAUCUCGGUCACCGAGCAACUUUUCACAAGAGGAGAUUUCAAUGGUCACACCGGGACAAUUUCUGGGUCUUGUGACGACGUGCAUGGCAGCUUCGAUUUUGGAGUUAGAAACGAUGGAGGAACUUCGCUCUUGGAUUUUACCGAAACUUUUGAUUUGGUAAUAACUAACUCGAGUUUUCAGAAGAAGGAGGAUCACUUGGUCACCUUCCAGAGUACGGCGGCCAAGAUUCAAAUUAUUUACCUGUUGUUCAGGAAGCAUGACAGAGGUCUAUGCUCAGAUUGCACGGUUAUCCCGAGUGAGAACCUCACGACCUAUCAUUGGCUCUUGGUAAUGGACUUAGAAAUCAAGUAA